AUGUCGAGCCGACGCAGCGCCCCGCCCAAGCCGACCGUGCUCUCCAUGUCGUCCGAAGGUCUCGCCAGCAUCACGUUCACGGUCUCGGACAAGCGGCCAAAGUCUGCUCACCAUCGCUCGCGCGCGCGACAGUCGAAGGCACGAGUCACGCCCACUAUGCUCAUGAGUGCGAAUACGAAUCCGUCGGGUGCAAACAUCCAGAAAGGCUCGUUCCGCAAGUCCACUGCGUGGUCCGAGAAGCACGACGCCACAUCAACAGCGAAGCCUCGGGUGCGCACUGACCCGAACCCACGCCACGGAUCCGUGUCGCCACCCAAAGACACGUCGCCGUCACCACCACGCUGCGCAGCUGUGGACGGAAAGCGGUCACCACUCCAGCGCGAUGUCCACCGGACAGCCGCGCUGGUAGUCGACCCCAAGCACGCGGUCGCCGACAUUGAGCGGCCGAGUACGCGGAACAACAAGCGUGUGGUCGGCGUCGGGGCUCGGCACCAGCGGACGCCACAAGCGCGCUGGCUCUAA